AUGUCGGUCGAAAUUGAAGCUGAAGAUGUCAUUCGCCUUAUCCUUCAGUUCUUCAAAGAAAACAACUUGGAUCGAUCGCUGGCGACGCUUUCCGAGGAGACCAUGGUGAACUUGAACACGAUCGACAAUCGCAGCGCAUUUGUCAAGGACAUUACCGAAGGGAAAUGGGAUACAGUGCUCAAGGAUAUUGUACACCUUAAUAUCGCACCACGAAAGCUGAUCGAUCUGUACGAGCAGGUCGUGAUUGAACUAUGCGAGAUGCGAGAACUUGGUGCUGCAAGGACCCUUUUACGCCAAACCGAGCCCAUGCACAUUAUGAAACAACGUCAUCCAGAACGCUAUCUUCGACUUGAGCAUUUAUUGUCACGCACUGUUUUCGAUGCAAAGGAUGUUUAUACAGAAGGAAUGACCAAAGAAAAACGCAGGAAAAUGAUUGCACAAGCACUUGUUGCGGAGAUCACGGUGGUUCCCAGCUCACGAUUAUUGACCUUGUUGAGCCAGUCAGCUACAUGGCAACAGCAUCAAGGGCUCCUAUCGCCUGAUACCCCAUUCAAUCCUUUUGAAAGGAAAUCCAUCACUGAAACAAAAGAAAAGGAUGCACCGGCUUUGGAAAAAUAUGCAACCAUCAAGUUCCCAAGCAAAAAGACAUAUGCAGAAUGUGCCACUUUCUCACCCAAUGGUCAAUAUUUGGUAACGGGAUCUGUGGAUGGAUUCAUUGAAGUAUGGAACUAUCGUACGGGCAAGCUACGCAAGGAUUUGAUAUACCAAAAUGACGAGAAUCUUAUGGCUAUGGAUGAAUCGGUCAUUUGCUUGUCCUUUAGCCGAGAUAGUGAGCAACUCGUAUCUGGAUCUACGGAUGGCAAAAUUGCGAUAUGGAGAAUUCAAAAUGGUACCUGUCAACGCAAGAUUUCACCAGCUCAUAGCCAAGGCGUAACCGCUGUGUGCUUCAACAAAGACAACACGUGCGUAUUGAGUGGGAGCUAUGAUCGAUUGGUCAAAUUACAUGAUAUCCGCAAUGGCAAGCUUCUUACCGAGUUCAAAGGCCAUACAUCCUUUGUCAAUGACGUUCUCUUCUCCACCGACAACACCAAAGUCAUCAGUGGUAGCAGUGAUGGAUCUAUAAAGAUUUGGGAUAGCCAAGAUGCAUCAUGCUUAUACACCAUACAAUCCAACGCAUCCAAUGCCAAUCUUCCAGUACACAGGAUUUUGAACAUACCCAAGCACCCCGAUCAGUUGGCUGUAUGCUACAAGAGUGCUAGUAUCCAACGUGUCGCAAUGAAUGGUCGCAUUAUCAAGUCAUACAAGCAUAGCAACUCGACAUCCGAUUUGGUAUCAAUAGCAAUGUCACCCCAAGGCGAACUUGUUUAUGGUAUAUCAGAAGAUUCAAGGAUGGCCUGCUUCAGUAUGGAUUCGGGUGAGCUAGCUGGUGAUGAUGCUAAGGUUAGCGACAAUACGGAAUUGAUCGGCAUCGCAAGUCAUCCUUUCUCCAACAUUAUCGCUGUAUAUGAUGAUAGUGGUCAUGUCUAUUUGUAUUCAGCAAAACAUUAA